UACUUCUCCCAUGGGCUCCCCACGGCAACUGAAGAAACCACAUCUUUCACGAGAAAUGCUUCUGCCAGCCAUUAAAUGUGCCUCACGAUCGCCUAUAUGAAGUCCCUGGUUUUAGGUUGUAAUUCUUUUUUGUGGAAGCCUGAUUGGAACUUGUGCAAGAUGGUAUAAUCUACCAAGUCUUGGCCUUCAUGAAAUGGCAUAUUCAGUUUAUACACCAUCCUGCAUUGGGAGGAGAAUGUUUGCAGGCAUACAGCAAACGUCAGUUUCAUUAUCUCACCAUCCACCGCCGCCUCCAAGGGAGGUUCACUUUUGGUAUUUGCACCCGGAAGAGGUGCAAGAUAGAACUCUCAUUGAUGCAUAUAAAGGGUUGCUUUCAUCAGAAGAAUAUGCACAAAUUUCUCAAUUGGAGGGAAAGCAGAUUAAAAAACAAGCACUGCUUGCUCGUGUCUUGGUGCGCACUACUCUUGCAAAAUCAGAUACAGAUGGAAAAGUCAAUCCAAAAUUGCUAAUGUUUAGCAAGAACAUGUUCGGAAAACCAGAGUUAGUAUGGCCUUGUGACAUAAGUUAUGGAAACGAGUGGAAGCUGCCUCCCUUAUGUUUCAAUAUUGCACAUACUUCUUCACUUAUUUGUUGUGGUGUGACAACAAAAUCUUCAGUGGGCAUUGAUGUUGAGGAAAAGACACGAAGAACAAAUACCAAUAUAUUAGCUUUUGCCAAGCGCUGGUUUUCUUCACCAGAAAUUGCAUGGCUAGAUGCAUUUACAGAUCCUGAGGAGCAACGGCAGAAAUUUAUUCAACUGUGGACUCUUAAGGAAGCAUAUGUCAAAGCUUUGGGAAAAGGAAUAAGUGGAGCACCUCUCAAGGACUUUUCCAUCCACAUUAAACAUCUUCCAGUUGUAAACAAGCAAAUUGAAGAAUCUGAAGAUGCUGGUUCUGAUUCUGUUGUAAGUAAAAUAGAUCUGGAAGUCUCUAAAAAGAGUGGUGCUAUGAGAACUAACUGGCAGUUUCUGCUCUUUCAGCCUACGAACUUGCAUUAUGCUUCAGUUUGCAUUGGACAAGAUGAAAAUCACUUGCAUGAGGAUGAAAUGAGUCAAAUGAGCAGCUGUUGUUAUCUCAAAGUGCAUGCUUGGAAAACUGUCCCAUUAGUGAAGGAUGAGUCUCAAUCUGUCAAGGAGACAAUUAUAGCAUCUACCAAUGCUAGAAGCUUUUGACUCUAUUUGGUGGAAAUGCACAUGCACUAUUGAUACUUGGAAGAGGCAUGUACAAAUCAAUCAUUUGGUCUAGAGUUUCUAGGAUACUUCGUCCUGGUUAUGAGGGUUUCGUGCACCUAGAUAUUCUCUUUGGAGUAACUAGAACUUUUUCCAUCUUGAAGGCUGUAUCAUAUUUUCAGAGUUAGAUAGAUAUAUCAAUUGCAAAUGUUCUAUGCAUUCAUAUUUUAUGUAUCAUAUGCUUGACAUUUUUUUUCCAUUGAAUAUCAGCAGGGAUGACAGUUUUGGAGCCAUAAGCAUAAUUCACAAAUGGAUCUUAAUAAUGAAUGUCAUGUUUGUCUA